CCGGUAUUGAUACCGAUAUAUGUGGGCUAUUUCACUAAUUUUAGGUAACAUCACAUAUCUUCAGUCAUGUUGGAUGCAUUCUCAAAUGCAACAAAGCUUUUUCCAAACGUAAACAUCGUCUGUGCAAAAUACAGAAAACUACUUCAACUUAAGUUAUGGAAAAAAAUACAUCUAUCUAUCUAUCUAUCUAUCUAUCUAUCUAUCUAUCUAUCUAUCUAUCUAUCUAUCUAUCUAUCUAUCUAUCUAUCAUCAUUUGCGCACCAGUAAAUGCUGGCAAAAUCAAGGCAUAAUUUUAUCGGACCAAAUUUAAACUGUUAAUCAAGGUAAAGUGCGUUAUAAAAUAUUUAGCCAUCUAUGAGUAGACCUCCUUCGAACAAAUUGAUGAUUGUUUGUUAGCCAGAAACUGUUCAUUUUGAUGUAGCAAAUGAGAAACCCGAGAAGAAACAGCCAUGAAUAAAAUGAACAAUAGAUAUGAUAUCCUCUUUUACGCAGUCCUUUGGGUAUUUCCGGAGUACAGUAUGAUCCAGAGCUUUCUUGUUCAAACAGCAGAUGGCAGCAGAGAGCCUCCAUUGAACAAAAGACAUCAUGUGUUGGAAAUUGGUGGCUGGUUGUGUUGGAGGCUGUUUAAUAAUUGGGUUUUGUUGGAUCAGCAUGGUGAAUGGCAGCGUGUACAGGAGGUGCUGAAGGCUUGCUGUAAGGUUGCAUCUCCUGCAGGUUCACUGAGGGAUCAGGGCUGUUGUGUGAUGAGAUUUUGUAACGACGCUGAGGCCCUGCCCUGUAAGUAACUGAUACGUCACACCUUACGCGCUGCCAGCUGCCAUUAAUGUGUGUGUGUUUCUCCAGAUUUACCACCCUGUGGAGAACAACAGGAUCGUCUGCAGCAGCACUGGCGCUCCCCGGGAUGCGCACUUUUUCAUUCAUUCUGAAUUGUGGAUUAAACUUUGAGCACUUUUGCAUGUACUUUUCUGUGCAUUUAGCUCAUUCAUUCACUUUACUAGCGCCUAUAUUAUGCAGGGAAUCUUUAGACAGAAAACUUUGAUGCACCUUUAGGCGCACGUCUGGAGUCUUGACUCGGGUCCACCUGAGUGCAGCCUCCUUUGGAGACGGAGAGGCUGACUCCAGAGAGGUGGGAGCGCGUCGGGGGGAAGAUGCUCUCAGCGCGUUUUCUUCAGGUCCCCUCAGGUCUGUGAGGUGUUGUCAGCUUGGACCCUGCGUGGACUGACCGCAACAACAGCAGCACAUGAGAGCUGAUUUAUCUUGUUUAACUCCUUAAUACCACAGCGCAUCCUCCCACAGCCUCUGCUGGGUAUUUACAGCAGCCUCCUUCUCCCCGGCUGAGCUCUGGUUUGGCCUACAUUCCCUCCAAAAGGAUAUGGAUUUCGAUCAGAUCCUCUCUGCCAUCGGCGGCUAUGGCAAAUACCAGAAAAUUCUGUACAUCUGGAUUUGUUUACCUCAGAUCUUCCUCGCCUUCCACAUGAUGGUGAGCAUCUUCACCGGGGCCACUCCGCCCCAUCAGUGCCGGGAGAACUCCAGCUCAGCAGCAGAGAAUCGGUCCCUCAGCUCAGCUACACUCACCCUGAACUUCAGCCUCACCAACUCCUCCUGCUUCUCCUCGGAUGUUCAGCUGCACGGCAACCGUACUGAGCGCGUCCCCUGCGGCCACGGAUGGGUCUACAGCGGGGAGAUUUUCCAGAGCACCACUGUCACAGAGUGGGACCUGGUGUGUGACAGAGCUGGACUGAACAGUCUUGGAUCGUCCAUCUACAUGUUUGGCCUGUUGGUGGGAUCUGUGGUGUUUGGAGCCAUGGCUGACAGGUACGGCCGGCGUUUCGUCCUGCUGCUGUCCAUCGCUCUCCAGACCGUGUUCGGAGUCGCUGUAGCUUUUGCACCAAACUUCCCAGUCUAUGUGAUUCUUCGCUUUGUAGUUGGCACCACAAUAUCUGGAGUCAUCAUCAAUGCUUUUGUGCUUGGUACUGAGUGGACAUGCACUAAGAAGCGAAUGCUGGCUGGUGUCAUCACAGACUUUGCCUUCGGUAUUGGUUACAUGCUGCUGGCAGGCGUGGCAUAUCUGAUACGAGACUGGAGAAAACUGCAGCUCGCGAUAUCAGCUCCGGGCUUCCUACUUGUCUUCUAUAUAUGGGUGGUCCCUCAGUCUGCCAGAUGGUUGCUGACCAAAGACAGGAGAGAAGAGGCCAUCGCACUCCUCCGUAAAGCAGCACUUGUUAAUGGCCGGGUCUUACCUCCUGCUAUUCAGGUUGAGAAGUGUCAGAUUUUAGUUGGAAGGAAGCAAAAUCACUCGGCAGUGGAUCUUGUACGGACGCCUCAAAUGAGAAAGAGAUCGUUUAUCUUGUUCUACAUCUGGUUUGUGAAUGUCCUGGUGUAUUAUGGCUUCGCACUGGGUGUGUCCAGGUUGGGGACGAACCUCUACCUGACUCAGUUUGUGUUCGGUUUGGUUGAGAUCCCGGCUCGUUCUCUGGUCCUCGUCUUCCUUCCUUGGAGCCGUCGAUUCUCCCAGAGUGGCUUCUUAACUGUUGGAGGGAUCGGCUGUUUCCUCAUGCUCGCUGUCCCUGCAGAUCAUCCCAAUGUCCUGACAGGUCUUGCCAUGGUGGGGAAGUUUGGAAUAUCCGCAUCCUUUGCUGUCGUUUACGUAUACACUGCUGAGAUAUUCCCCACUGUGCUCAGGCAAACAGGAAUCGGCGCAUCCAGCAUGUUUGCAAGGAUGGGCGGUAUGUUAGCACCCAUUGCCAACAUGCUGUUCAACCAUUACCCUGCUGCACCCCUCAUCAUCUUCGGCACUUGCUCACUUGUAGGAGCCCUCUUGGCCCUGGCACUGCCCGAAACUGCCAACAUCCCUCUUCCCGACACAGUGGAGGACAUAGAGAAGUGGGACAUCAGGUCACCUCCAUCCAAGGAUAACCCUGACAUGCAUGAAGAUGUUAACCAGCCAGCAAGCAGCACGGAGAAGCAGGAGCUACAACAUCCAGCUAGUCAGACCUAACAGUGUGUUAAAGGUUGCACUUGUUCCACUAUUCAAAUAUUUUACUGCCGCAACUCUGAUACUCAAUACAACAUCUUCUAUGCAAUCACAUGUCAGGAUCUGGUUGUAAACUCUAUGCAUAAAAGCCAAACAUGAUCUUCCCUGAAAUGUUUAUGCAGUUGUUUCAAAUUUUGAGAAGUGGUUUGAUAUAUUUUAUAUACGUGGGGACGUUGAUUAAGUAGUUCCCAUUAGGGCUUUGCAGACACACAGAUUGUAUAUUUCUAUACGCCAUCGGCCACAACAUUAAAAUCACCUGUUUAAUGUAGUAUAUGUCCACCUUUUGCUGCCAAAACAGCUGUGACCCAACAAGGAAUGGACUCAGACCCUAGAAGGUGUCCUGUGGUAUCACCCACUAAGAUGUUAGCAGCAAAUCUUUCAAGUCCUGAUGCUAUAAUGUAAGGUUGCCAUGAUCUGACUUGCUUGUCCAGCACAUCCUAUAGAUGCUAGAUCAGAAUUAAGGUCUGAGGAAUUUGGAGGCCAAGUCAAAACCUUGAACCGCUUGUUUGAUCAAACCCUUACUGAACGGUGUGUUGCAGGGAGCAUUAUCUUGCAUAAACAGAGCAUCUCCAUCAGGGAAUACUGUUGACAUGAAGAGGUGUACAUAGUCUGCAACAGCUUUUAUGUAAGGGACAAAGAAACAUCCACAAUGCAGGACCAAAGCUUUCCCAGCAGAUCAUUGCCUAGAUCAUCACACUGCCUCUGCCAGCUCGCCUUCUUUCAAUAUCUUCACCAAAACACACAUCCAGUCAUCCACAGGCUUUCAGCAGUGGAUAGGGGUCAACAUGGGCACUCCAACAGAUUUGUGGUUACACUGCCCCAUGCCAUAGUAGGUCUUCUGUGGGAUCAGACAACAUAAGCCAGGCUUUGCUCCCCCCAUACAUCUAUGAACCUUGGGGGCCCAUGAGACAGGAAUUGUUGGGAGGAGGGAGAGGGAGCGAUAUGCAGUAAAUGCAUUCCUUGGGUUGGAAUUGAACCAUGGUAACCCGUUCAACCAGGUGAGCACAAAGAUGGCACAAAUUAAAAGGUAAUAAAUCACUGCAUACCAGGAACACCCCACAAAACCUGCUCUUUGGAGAUGCUCUGUCAUCUAAACUCAACAAAAAUAUAAACGCAACACUUUUGUUUUUGCUCCCAUUUUUUAUGAGAUUAACUCAAAGAUCUAAAAACUUUUUCCUCAUACACAAUAAUCAUCAUUUCUCUCAAAUAUUGUUCACAAAUCUGUCUAAAUCUGUGAUAGUGAGCACUUCUCCUUUGCUGAGAUAAUCCAUCCCACCUCACAGGUGUGCCAUAUCAAGAUGCUGAUUAGACACCAUGAUUAGUGCACAGGUGUGCCUCAGACUGCCCACAAUAAAAGGCCACUCUGAAAGGCGCAGUUUUAUCACACAACAAAUUCUCUGAAACGUCUUUGGAGAUGGCUUAUGGUAGAGAAACGAACAUUCAAUACACGAGCAACAGCUCUGGUUGACAUUCCUGCUGUCAGCAUGCCAAUUGCACGCUCCCUCAAAUCUUGCCACAUCUGUUGCAUUGUGCUGUGAUAAAACUGCAGCUUUCAGAGUGGUCUUUUAUUGUGGGCAGUCUAAGGCACACCUGUGCACUAAUCAUGGUGUCUAAUCAGCAUCUUGAUAUGGCACACCUGUGAGGUGGGAUGGAUUAUCUCAGCAAAGGAGAAGUGCUCACUAUCACAGAUUUAGACAGAUUUGUGAACAAUAUUUCAGAGAAAUGGUGAUUAUUGUGUAUGUGGAAAAAGUUUUUAGAUCUUUGAGUUCAUCUCAUAAAAAAUGGGAGCAAAAACAAAAGUGUUCCGUUUAUAUUUUUGUUGAGUGCACUUAUAAUUUAGCUCUUGUGCAAGUCACUCAAAUCCUCACACUGCCUGCUUUUCAACUUCAAGAACUGACUCUUCAUGUGCUACCAAGUAUAUCCCAGUCCUUGACAUAUGCCACUGUGACAAGAUACUCCAAGUUAAUUAUCAUCGGUUUUAAUGUUUUGGCUUGUUGGUGUAUAUUUAUAUAUCUUGGGUCCAAACUUUCUUAAUCUGUACUGAUUUUAAGAAUAAAGCUGGAUAAAAAGCUGAACAGAUUGCCACUGUCUCUGUAAUGCAGUACUCACAGUCCUGUCGAGCAGCUAUUUUUGGGGAUGUUUCGGGACUUAAAGAUUUAUUACAUUUUGUGCAUUUCAAAAAAAAAAAAAACUUAUGAAUUAUUUUUGUAUGAAAGUGUCUGAACUGUCUCUGGGAUAUGUUUGUUGUAUCUUAAUGCUGAACUGCAAAUCAAUGCCUCAUCUUUUAUUGUAUGUUCUCAAGCCAAGAAACUAUUCGAGUGAGAUUGCAUGUACUAGCUAACUUUAUUAUGCCUAAUGCCGCCUUUUGUUAGUUUGUUUAGUUUUGGAUGGAAAUAUGGGAUGUGACUGUGAUCAGCAUGUAAAGAGAAACUUGAUUUCAGCCGUUUUUAGGAGUUUAUUCUUCUUUUGUUAUACAGAAGCAUGCUCAAAUUGCCUGUGGCUAUGGUGACUUGACUCUGGAAAAAUGUAGUACAUUUUACAAGUGUUUAAGGGCCGGUCUUGUGUAUAUGAAUUAGUGCUGCACUGUGGAAAGUACAGGCAUGGACCAGAAGCACAGGUCAUGUAAUAAGCUACAAGAAAGUUGUACUGUUUCUCAGGCACAAGAAUUUGGAUUUUUUACAAAGGCUAUUAUUCCAUUAGCAAAGAAAUUUGGGGCAAAUAUGCUCUGAAUGCAUUAAAAGGAAAUGUGAAGGUUUAACCAGUAACCUCUUAUUCCAGUGCAUGGAUUUCAGGAAGCAUGCCUUUCUGCUGGCUGCAGCAUGUGGUUAUAUCAGAUGAAUCACAGAUGUCACUGAAGCCCGCAACGGAAAACAUUUCAGAUUUUAUUGCAAUGAUUCUUUGUUCAGUGCAUGUGAAAAAAACCUAAUUCUUAAAAAAUAAAAAAACAAAUGGAAAUGUUUCAUAAAAUGUGCUUUGUCUAAAUAAAAUCAAGUCAGCGUGUUUACAGGUCUCCAGCAAUAAAAUUGUUUUUAAAAAGUG